AUGUCGUACGGAAGGUUGGCACUAUGUGUAGUGGGAGUAUAUUCGAUGUUCUUGGUACUAUCCGUUCCCUUCCAGCACAUAGAUGGCACAUCUUCCGAGAAGUUCAACUCACCACUGUUUCUGGGGACAUGUCAGAGCACUCUGAGCUCUUUGGCGGCGCUGGGUUAUAUGUACCUGCGGAAGAAACCUGGUCAACCCUUCCGCCAGAUGCUCGGUCUGUUCGACUCCCCGAAGCCGGUAACCAACGGAACUGCGAACGGUCACUCCAAUGGACACGCCAACAGUUCUGAGAAGACCAAGGCGAACGGCAGCGCAAAGGCGAAUGGUCAUGCCCCCGAACACAAACAGGAUACCCGCUUCGAUACCAAGUCUCUCCUCCUCCGCUACUUCCAGUGCGCCGUUUUCAUUACCUCCGCUGCGCCCUUCGGCUUUGCCGCGCUCUCCUACAUCACGUACCCUGCGAUGGUGCUCGGCAAGUCCUGCAAGCUCGUCCCCGUCAUGAUCAUGAACGUCCUCCUCUACCGCCGCAAGUUCGCGCGCCACAAGUACAUCGUCGUCGCGAUGGUCACGCUCGGGAUCACGAUGUUCAUGGGCUUCGGGAAGGAGAAGCCGUCAAAGGCGAAGGCGUCCGCCAAGGGCGAGCCCUCCGCGUACGCGCAACUGGUCGGGCUCACCUACCUGCUCAUCAACCUCGCGAUCGACGGCGCGACGAACUCGACGCAGGACGAGAUCUUCGCGCGCUACAAGGUCUCCGGGCAGCAGAUGAUGUUCUGGAUCAACCUCUUCUGCACCGCGCUCACCUCCGCCAUCUCCGUCGUCCCGCUCCCCCACAUCCCCGUCAUCCACCCGUCCGAGGGCGGGACCGCGGAGCUCCAGGUCGCGCUCGAGUUCCUCCGCACGCACCCCUCGGCCGUCGUGCCGCUCGCCCAGUUCGCGUUCACGGGCGCGCUCGGGCAGCUGUUCAUCUUCGAGACGCUGCAGCACUUUGGGUCACUCACGCUGGUGACCAUCACGCUGACACGAAAGCUGUUCACCAUGCUGCUUUCCGUGAUUGUGUACAACCACAAGCUGGCUCCGGGUCAGUGGGGCGGUGCUGCCGUGGUGUUCGCGGGCAUCUCUGUUGAAGCCUGGGUGAAGCGGAAAGAUGUGCAUGCGAAGCGCGUAAUUCAGGAGAAGGAGAAGGCGCGCAUCAAGACACUUUGA